AUAUAAUAUUGGUCUUAUCCGGUCUUUCCCCGGAACCGUCAUCCUUAUUGACGCCAAUGGAAGAGAGUGGGGAUUCCCUAAGUUCUUCCGCGUGGGGGCACAUAAAAGUACAGAAUGACAAGGCGACAAAGCCGGCUAUUGAGCGUCGGGAAGCUACCAAUACCCCUGAUGCUUCUGAAUUUGAAAUCUUGAUAGCCGGUGGAUAUCGUCCUAUUCAAAAUAAUUUGGUUAAGUACGUUGUGUCACUGCGCUUUUAUGAUCCUCCACAUUUGUUUGGAGCUAACCACUUUUGCGGAGGAGCUAUUAUUCACAAGAAAUUUAUUCUCACGGCUGCCCACUGUCUAUUCAACGAGCGAAAAAAUUUGCUACUCGGUAGAGACAUAACCGUGGUGGCCGGAACUCCUAACAAAACCAAGAAAACCAAAACCACUCAGGUGAUCAAGGGAUUGGAAACUAUACCUCAUCCUUACUAUAAACAUAUUGAGAGUCUCAAUUAUGACCUUGGAUUGGUGCUCCUAAGCAAAGACCUUAUUCUGGGUCCAUCUGUCGGCGUGAUCCCUUUGGCCAACCAACCACCGACCACAAACUUGGGGUGCACCGUACUGGGUUGGGGAAGAGUUAUACUGAAUGGACCUAUGCCAGCAGAGAUUCUUAAUGUAGAUUUAAUAGUUCGGCAAAAGUCAAGGUGCAAAAAAUUCUCCUCGUUUGCUCCAGAAUCUAUGAUCUGUUUGGGUGAUCCAAGUUUCUUCGAAGUGAGCACUUGCAAGGGGGAUUCUGGGGGCCCUAUAUUUUGUGAUAACAAAUUGUAUGGACUUGUCUCCUUUGGGUUCGGUUGUGGCUCCCCUAAAUUUAGUGAGGUCUCCACCGAUGUAUUUUUCUACCGAGAUUGGGUAGUGGCUAACACCCGUGAUGAUGAUAGCAAAAAUGAUUCCAUAUUUUUCCGCAAUUUGGUAGACUCGAAGGCUCCAAGACUCCAAUACUCCAUGGCGAAGUCAAUUAAAUAUUAUGCAAUUUUACUUUUGUACUAUAUUCUCCAAUAUAGUUAAAUUAAAUCAUUAUA